UCCACCAACGCACUACGGAGGACUGCUCACACAAUCCGACCACCAAAAUGAUUAAUCAAUCAGACCAUCGAAAUUAUGGGGCUCACUUCGCAGCCUUCAAAUCUAGUGGUGCUGGAGCAGUGGAAAUGCUUGGAGACGGAUUAUCGGGGGACGACUUAGCAGCCGUACCAGAACACUGGCUCUCAUUUCCUGCCCCACCCGCCAGCGCACAUACAGCACUGGCUCUGUUGUAUAUAUUUUUCACUGCUGCUGCGCUACUUGGAAACGGACUUGUUAUCUUCGUAUUUUCCACGACAAAAAGUUUAAGGACGUCAAGCAAUUUACUCAUUCUCCAAUUGGCUAUACUGGACUUCAUAAUGAUGGCAAAAGCACCUAUAUUUAUUUACAAUAGUGCGAUGCGCGGCUUCGCAACCGGUACUAUUGGAUGCCAGAUUUUUUCUGUAAUGGGAGCCUACAGCGGCAUAGGUGCCGGGAUGACAAACGCCUGUAUUGCCUACGACCGGCACUCGACUAUCACACGUCCGCUCGAUGGUAGACUCUCAAAAGGCAAGGUGUUAUUAAUGAUGGCUUUUGUAUGGAUAUACUGUACUCCGUGGGCACUAUUGCCUUUGUUGAAGAUCUGGGGCAGAUAUGUUCCAGAGGGAUAUUUAACGUCUUGCACUUUCGACUAUCUUACCAACACCUUUGAUACGAAGCUAUUCGUGGCGUGUAUUUUCGUAUGCAGCUAUGUUUUUCCCAUGUCGAUGAUAAUUUACUUUUAUAGUGGAAUCGUUAAACAGGUGUUUGCACAUGAGGCCGCAUUAAGAGAACAAGCAAAAAAGAUGAACGUGGAAUCUUUGCGAGCGAAUCAGAGUGGGGCCUCUCAAUCCGCCGAAAUUAGAAUAGCGAAAGCGGCGCUUACUGUAUGUUUCUUAUUUGUGGCAUCCUGGACACCAUACGGAGUGAUGGCACUGAUAGGUGCUUUUGGAGACCAGCAACUCUUGACUCCGGGGGUAACGAUGAUACCCGCUGUCGCGUGUAAAGCUGUUGCUUGUAUAGAUCCAUGGGUAUACGCGAUCAGCCAUCCAAAAUACAGACAAGAGCUACAACGCCGAAUGCCAUGGCUACAGAUCAACGAGCCCGAUGAUACAACUUCGACCGCAACCAGCAACACGGUUAGCAGCGCCCCACCCGCGGCUCCAGCAUGAAGUCUCCCAUUGUCGCUCAAAAAUAUUAUACAUUACCGUUAUUACUUACGUCUCUUCUACUUUUAAUAACAUGA